GACAAGUUUCUUUUUGACAAACUACCUACAUUGAAAGUUUUUACAAAAAUAAGAUCCGUUUAUUAAUAAUUUAGCAAAUCAUAUUACAAGUGCAAAUCAUGGAGGAAUGGGAAAAGUUUAUAGAUCACUACGAAAUAAAUAGUGAUUGUAACAAGUUUCGUCUGGCAUUAAAAAGUGCGAAAGUUGCUUUGGACGAAGAUUUGGCCCCAUUCGAAUCAGAAUGGAUAUUCUCAACACUCUUUCUUAAUCCCGUAAACUUGCUGGAGGUGGUGUCUAAGCGAUGGUCAGAUGAAGAGUACACUAAAAGCACAAUGGAUGCUUUAAAACUAUUAGACGAUGCUAUAGUUAAAUACGAUAAUAUUGAAAAAUACUAUGAAGAUAUUGUACAGCUAUGCCUUCUUCCAUAUCCGACGACGCAACGCCACAAUGCUCUGGCUUGUCUCACACAAGUGGCUCGGAGAUCUGUUUGUGGAGCUAGACAUUAUUAUAAACAUGUCGCCGCUCUGCAGCAGGGAGUGUGUAUGACGCCGCUGCUGUGUCUGAUAGGUGUUAUAUGUGAGUUUCACCCACACGUGGUGUCGGAGGACGUGGACAACAUCUGGAGAGUCUUGCUCAACAUACUGGACUCAAAUAAAUAUUCAGGGACUGUUAUGAAGGCGGUGCUGCAAGCUAUCCUGCGCUUGUUCAAGAACUUUGGCGAGGAUCUGCCUUCGGGGGAAUUGAUCAGGUUCUACGACCAGCUAGUGAGACACUUUGAAAGCUGUCAAUCAGUGUGCAUCGAGAUUCUGACCCACCACGCCGGUCUAUUCUUCACGUGCCUAACCCGCGACUCUCGCACGCGUGCCCACCUGUGGAAGUUGCGGGCGAGCGACGCGCUGGCAGCGGUCUAUAAAGUCUGUGAUAAGGAGGUCCUGCAGGAAGUGAAGCAAUACGUCACAUCGGCGGAUUACCGGGAAAGGUACACCGCGUUCCGUAUCCUGGGGGACGAAGCUCCCGGCCUUGAACUACAGGAAUUGGAGUUCCAGCUCAGGAACGGAAACGUGGACUAUGAAUUGUGUGAAGGAAUAUCGUGGUGUAUACAGACAAACACAUCCUCGGUCCACCGUCUGCUCCACGCCACCAUCGUUCUAUACGAGUCCAUACCAAAAACCAAACGACCUGACAUCAUCAAAGCCUUAAUGGAUUCACACACGGAUAUUGUUAAAGCCGCAAUAACUUUUAUUAUAUCGGAAAUUGUGAAAGAUAAGAAGUUGUCUGUAUGGACCGACAUAUUGAUGAGUGAGGACAAUCGUUUUGUGUUUGAGAUCAUAGAAAACUACAUUAAUAUGACGCUGGAGGGUCCGGAACAGUCGGUGGAGGGGCCUCCCGUGAGCUCCCUGGUUCCUCUCCUCAUGUCGCUGCCGCCGGUUCCUUUUAAGAUCCGCCACCUCCCCGAGUCGUGUCCCCACACCACUGCGCUGCUCGGAGCAUUCAGCGGGAGUUUACAGAGUAAUUCAAUAAGCCGAUGUACAGACGAUGUGAAAUUGAAAUGCAGUUUAGUAGUUCUGGAGCUGAUGGACCAACAUACAUAUCCAGAAUCAGAAUUACUGACAGCCCUGAGGACAAUUAUCUCCGAUAAUGAUACUGAGGCGGCCAUUUUAAGUAAGGCUGUAAAUGCACUGGACUCGUUUGUAAUGAAUCAUUGUAUCGAGGAUUAUUUACUUGCUGAGAUUAUAAAUAAUUUGAAUAUUAUAAGAAGACGGACGGACAGGACCAAGAGGGAUCAUAGAAUAUUAUACAGAGAUGUAUUGAUGUUUGUUGGUAAAUUCGAAGAGCCGGUAAAAUAUAACUGUGAAGUUAACUAUCUCAUAUCACAGUUAAAAUCUAACCUCACCGUGGACUUGCCGUGCGACGGUGGUGGUGUGAAGUUAAAUUUAAACCGUAUGCUCUGUAACGCCUUGCUGUGGGACGAUCGAGACGCCUUGAACCUUCUACUGACAAUCCUGUGCGCUAACUUGUCCUCCUGCCCCGGUCCGUCCCUCAGCCGCGUAUUGCUCCGCGUAUGUGUCCGUUUGUCACAUCACAAGGCCUCAGCUCGAGUCGUGACCGCUCUCGGCAUGUUGGAUAACAACUCGGAUGAACUCGUACAGUAUAUCAUAAACGAGGUGUCUUCGUCGUCACGGAGCACCCUCACGGACGGUCUGGAGCUGAUGAUACAGAAAAAUCCCAGUACAUUGGAACGUGUACUCGAGAGGCUCAUACGUGUUGAAGGAAAUUACAAUCAAGCGUACAUGGAGCUGCUGGAGAGAAUACUGGAUUUGUUGAGGCACAGAAACGCUGUGUGUGAGAGGUUCCUGCCAGGACUCGUGCUGAAGCUGUUGGAGGCGGAAGACGCGAACGUCAUCAUAGACAAGUUGUUGAGUCUGUUCCUGGAUAAAAUAUUUUUAUUCGAGACGUCAUUGCAGAGCUUCAUGGAGGAUGUGUUUGUCGUUAUAAACGAAGCGAAGUGCCGCAUCAAAAUUGAUAAAACUAUUGCUUUUAUGAGGAAUGUAUUGAAUGAGAAGAGGAUGGACGGCAAUCUGUUCGCGCGCGUCGCGCCGGGCUUGAGGGCGUGUGUGGCGAUGAAGGGAUGGCUCGAUUUUGAUGAAACUAUGAGGAGCGCGGUCGUCCGGGCCGCGGACGGGACGGGCGGCGGCCUGGGGGCGGAUAUUACAUUGGAGUUUUUGUCAGUCUUCUCAGAAGUUCUUUUUCAAGCAAACUUUGAGGCAACACUGACACUAUUAUCAAACGUCAUAGACAAUGCAACACCAAAACAGAUUAUAAAAAAUGGCAAACACUUCGUGUUGUGUGUGCAGUCGGUUAAAAAGAACCUGGGUUCUGUACCGCCGGUUAUAUUAAACAAAUUGAUGAAUUUAAUUAAAAAUAACGAUUUACAAGAAUUAUCAGAAAACAUCAAAAAAUAUGGCUUAAACGAUACUAACGAAACUGUCGUCCGAUCGGUCAAAGUUAUUAUAGAGGCGUGCGAUGGAUCGACUUUGAGCAAAUCGGACGAAUUUAUAGUCUCAUGGAAGGAUAUGUUUAAUAAUUUUUUCGAUUCGCCUCAUCUCAGGAUGUGUUUAGAGACCGGCUCCGAGGGUCUGACGGAUUUGACGUACGUCGCCUUGACAUAUAUGGAUGAUGUGGAAAUUAAAAAUAUCCUAACGAGAGGUCCAGGUGAAACCGGGCUAAAGUUCGCAGCCUCCCUAAUAUCAGUGUUCUAUCCCUUCUUGAAUGCAGCACUACUAGAGUCUUGUAGUUUGCUGUUGUACGAUGUUGUACGUUAUGCGAACAGGAGGGGGUGGAGGGGGGAGGUCGAGGACGUCAUUGAACAGAUUUGGCCUCACUACGAAAAAAUAGCGACAAACAAACAGAAACAGCAGUUCUUUAUGGAAUGUCUUCCCGGAGUUAGGAGUGAAGACUGCGCGGUGUACAGAGGACUCGUGGAUCUGUUGCAGUCUCGCGAGGACCUGGAGACCAAACUCAUGAUGAUAGACGUUCUACCGAAGUGUGAAAUAUACGGGUCUCUCCCCCUCUUGUUGUUCCCCCUACUCCCCUCCCGCCUGUCGGAGCUCCGCGGCUCUUUGGCCAACUGUUUCAGAGCUAUACUGGACGCGCUGGCUACGAACGCACAUUAUCUCGUUAUAAAAGCUGUCGCCACACUCGCAGCCACGGACCCCACUCCCGGGUGGUGGGACUCCGCCCUGGACUCGUGCAUGAAGUCCCUAGCGAGGACGGAGCACCGCGGCUCCUGGCAGGCCGUCUAUGAUAUAUGCAUUAAUCUCGAAUACAGCGCUUUCAUCAGACUUAUGGUGCCAUUAUUAAGGCACUCUAACUCCUAUGACGUGGAGUGGUUCGCGUCCCCCCUACUCCCCGAAUUUCUGCGCUGUCUCCGUCAACGCCCGCGUGGCUCGGACACUCGCGUAAACCGGAAGUGUCUCACGGAACAGACGCGAGCCUUCAACAUAUUGGAGAUCAUCUUCCAAAAGGUACCAAAACACCACAUAGAGUCACCCCAGUCUCUCCUCUACAGAUCUCUUUCUGUGGAACCACACUCUCUCUACUAUCUAGUCUCUACCGUGUGUAAGCUGUGCGUGGCAACGAGGACCCAAUACGAUAAGACGGGAGUCGAAGACAAAUACAGAUUGUUCCAACUCGCUAACUACGCCUGUCUUUCCUCGGCUCUUCUGUGUCGUGAGCCGCGCGCUCCAGUCUACUCCUGCGUGUUUGAUGUCAAAGUCUGGAGCGAGCUGGUCUCCGAGGAGGUGUCUGCAGCGAAGCCUCAGUGGGGUCACCGUGUCACUCGGUACGCCCCCUCUAUCCCCUCUGUCCCGUCCGUCUCGUCUGUCCCGUCCGUCCCGUCCCGCUUACCUUCAAAAAGCCUCAGUCUUCGCUCCCCUGUGUUUCUGAGGACGCUCUCCGAGAAUCCGUUCAUGUAUGAUCUCGUGGAGGAAAAAGAGGAGGAAGUGUCAACGGAGUUCUAUCUCCCGGACAACUCCCUGAACCGCCAACCCUGUCUGCCUUACGUCAUGGGGCUCCUGAGUACGGUGGGGGCCUUGACGGUGGAGACAGGUUGGGCGGGGGCGGUGAAGGAGGCGCUCCGGGGGGAGAGAGACGUCGCCAGGGUUAUAGCACAGGCGGUGUGCAAUGUCCGGGGGUCAUUGACCUCACACGCGGGGUCGUUAGCUCCCCCACUACUGGCUCUCGCCACGGACGGGCCCGUGGAUCAGCUCUAUAUCGAUGUUUUUGACACCAUCAUACAUUGGAGAGCCGAAAUAAACGACGAAGAACGUCUGGAAGCAGCGGUCACGAGUCUGGUGACUACCCUCACGGACAGACACGCAGACGGCAGGUUGACGGACAGACUUAUAAAGUUACUAGACAUAUAUGGAAGUAAAGUGACUGUACCUUGGAAGUGUCUGGAGAAAUAUUUUGCGGAUCCCAGCGAUAACAAACUCCCGACCUGCCUGAAGAUUUUGAACCGCAUCAAUGUGUACAUACCCGAAGUAUUGCCCGCCGUCACGCGGCUCGCGGCGCGGCGGGUGACGCUCCUAUGGCCGGUGUACGGGCGGACGCUGAGGCUGAUGAAGGAGACAGGACUGGACGCGCGACACGAACUCGAGAGAUGCCGCGCUAUGUUGGAGCGUCUCCGCCGCAGCGACGUGUCGGACUACAUCAAGGCUCUGUUCUACCUGCAGAGGGAGCUCCCUGACGUGUGUGACUACAAACAGUUCAGGUGUGUAAGCGAUCUGAUCCCCAAGAUCCCCCAGCGCGAGAGACCCCGCUGUCUCUCAAUACUGUCCUGUUAUAUCAAGCACGGCGGCCGCGGCGACUUCGCUGUACUGGACACGAUAGAACUCGAGAAAAUGAUAGACACGACACAAGGAGUGGAGCUGGCCUCGACCGCCCUCCACGUGAUGUCCCCCGCCCUCAGACAGCGCGUGCUGUCAGCGGCGGAGUCUGCGGGGCCCGGGGCAGCUGUGUUCCCGCUCGUCAUGAGAGACUUUGAAUUGCAGAGGUCGUCCGAGGAGCCGAGUAUGAAGCGCCCCGCUCGGCCGCAGCUUCCGGCGCACAGCACCCUGCAAGGACUCGCCCGGGGGCUCGCUGCAGGGCUCCGGGGACUUCGCGGCCUCAGCUCGGACUUGGCGCUCAGACUGUACGAGUGUCUGUUGUUGUCGCUGGUGGUGCCACUCGCUGACGGUCUCAGGGUGUCACUGGCGGCGGCGGUGGAGCUCUUCCUGCAGGACAUCCGGGAACAGGAUACGUUCAGAAAUACCAAAUUAGAUGAUAUUGACAUAAGCGCUCCACCGACCACAGUAACCGGAAGUCUGGCCAGUACAGAUUCAAAUCAAGAUCUUGAGCAACAUAUAAGUUUAGAGGACGUCGUAGAGAACAUACUGCAAUUUGCUCGAACGGACGAUGAUUUCUGUACGUCCCUGAUAACCCAAUUCAUACGUCAGUGUGGUAAAAUUAGUCCCGGGUUCGAUUUCCGCAGCGCCAUCUGUUCAGAUAUAAUGAAUUGCAUCAAAAUAAGUCCAGUAACCGGCAGAGUCAUUGAAAUUGCCAGGCAGAUUGAUAUUUUGCAGGACAUCGACUCAUAUAAACUAACUGACUUGGUCAACUCGUCCCUGGGCUCUGAAGGCGAGGGUGUGUGUCGACUUCUAUAUGAAGACGUGCUUCUGAGAAAGGGAGAGGAAAUAUUUGUUUUGGGACAAAAUAAGCCCCGGGAUGAAGAAAUGUCCGUGGUCAAUAACAAAUUCUCAAUCGAAGAUCUUAUAUCAACUUUCGGCAAACUGUCCAACUGGGACGACCUCACCACUCACCAGCAGACACACAUAUCUACUAAACUCCCUCCUCUGUGGACGGACACACAGACGUUUAGGUUGUGUGUCGAUAAAUACGACUUCACUGACGCGCCAUUCUGGACGAGGUGUUUAGUGUCUAAAUACAGGGAGCAAGACAUACACACAUACCAAGUAUUAAAAGAACUGGUCCGAUGGCCGAAGAGGCAGUUCGACGUCGCCGCAGUACUAGGCUCCCAGCAGUGGGAGGUGACGAAAGACGAUAUGGACCAUGACUGCCUCUCCAAGUGGGCCUUCAGGGCUAUGAUGGGAUCACUGUGCAGUAACAGUUCCAAGGGUCCGUCUCCGUCACAGGUAUUGUGGAUGACGAGAGCCAAUCACAUGAAGAUGUACAGCCAGGUGUUGAGAUGCUGCGAGGGGAUCGCCACAAAUGACGAUAAAAUAUCGCUAGACAUGAGACACCAGGAACUGCUGGCCCUCAGGGGGAUGGCAUUACAAUCAAACGAUAGGCAGGCUCUGGAGAAUAUUUUGGAGAGAACAGAGUCUAUGAUACAAUCUGGAAGUCAGCACAGUUACGGAGAUAUGUUGCGCCUAUACGAACUGACAUUGCGUCUGAGACGAGAUUUGAACUCCGUGGAAAGAGUUAACGUGGAAGCGAUCGUGAAACACGUGAUGGGCGACGUUAGAAACGUUGAAAACGACGUCACCAGGAACCUCGACACGUUGUGUUUGCUGGGAAUAACUUGUCUGGAGACCAUGUUUGAGAACAGCACAGAUAUCGACGAGCGUUCUUCACUGAUGCUGUCAAUCUGUGAGACGAUCUCCUAUCAAAGCUCUCCAUCAACAGACGUUGUUCUUGACAAAUUGGACGCCUUCGACCGGACCCUGGAUGAGAAUGUCUCCCAGAGGAUACUAAACACGCUGCAACCCCUCCUGAGCACAAUGGACCAGUAUUCCGUGGACCAGUUGCUGUCCAAGCGCGAGCUGUUCUCUCCUCACCCCGCGCUGCUCGAGCUACAUCAAAACCAGCUCAGCUCUGACAAAUAUAAGCAGUGUCUGAGCUUAGUCUCUGACCCUGUGUAUUUGCUGAAACAAUACAUAGGAAUGAUGCUAGCAGCCGUGCAAACAGACGAUGUAACGAAAUACAAACAGAUAUACACAAAUAUGAGACGGAGGAUUUUUGAGAAUCCGUACGUCGGAGCUGAUUACAUCGUCCUCAACAAGUACAGUAAGCAACUGGAAGGCUGUGACGAUUUUGGGACGGACGUACACACGUUGCAGCGGCUAUUGAAAGACAUACACGCAGACUUACAAUCCAGUAAGAGCCGUCUCUCUCUAACUGACAUCUGCCCGACUCUAUUAGAGGAGAAACAGAGUCAGGCACUCGACAGACUGCUGGCUCUCAAGGACGGAGUCCACUUCAUUAAAUUCAUGGAAAAUGUGUCCGUAUACCGUGACGCGGUGACCCGGCCGGUGUUACUGAGCUAUUUGUCGUCAGACGGAUUCACACGUCGUUGUAUAGUGAAGACAGAGGGUAAGGGACAUGCGGCUGCGGUCAGGGUCCGGGGGGCCUUGGAGAAGGCCUGGGAGAUCCCACGGGGAUAUAAGGUGACGCCGCUCACAUCCGACUGUCUUCUGAUCGAGUACGUGGAGAAUAACACGCGACUCCGGGACAUGGUGGACACCGGCGGUGGGGAUGCCGGCGUCACUCGGACCGCUGACGAGAAUCUCAUACUAAACGUACCUCAAGCUAUUUCCCAGUUGGAGUCCCUAGCAAAGAGCGUGCCUUCCACUUCACUACGGUCAUCCAUUGAGUCGGGGUGUCUCACCUUGGAAGAGUUCAUAGGGAAGAAGACGGCCUUCACCGAGUCCCUGGGUCAUAUGACAGCAUUCAGCUUUAUAUGUGGUCUGUCAGACCGUCAUUUACAGAACAUCCUGUAUGACCCGGUCCGAGGCACCGUCUGCGCUGUGGACUGCGGAGCCCUACAGCCCCAGGAGAUACCGCCCGCCAGACUCACGAGGAACCUGCUGGCGGUCUGUAGCACCGACGUUCUCGAAGCUCGACUCCAAAGAAUGUUGUCCAGAAUACGGGAAUAUCAAGGAAUAAUACUCCCAGGAGUAAAUAUAUCGCUCAAGAGAUCUGGACACCUGGAUAAGCUACCCGCCAUCCGCGGCAAAAUCCAGGGCCGCCUUCUCCAGCACCAGGUCACUAAGGAGUGGAUACAAAGGUCAGAGGUCAAAUACAAAGAGAAAUAUCUGGAAAUGCUGGACGAGAUCUUCGGCACAGAUGACAAAUGUUCAUACAGCGUCGAGGAACAGGUAUCAAAUCUGUUGCUCCAAUCUACCGAUCCAAGGAUCCUCAGCGUGACCAGGUCAGGAUGGGAGCCCUGGAUAUAAUUUACGUCAGAAUAUGCGUUAAUUUUUUCUUAAAAUAAAGUAUAUGAUAUAUA